AUAUAUACACAAAGGUAUAUAUGAUCAUAUAGAACAUAUAACUUCUUAGUGAUCUUACAUAAUCAAAAAUAAAUAACUCUUUUACUAAAAGUUAAAUCACAUGAUAUCUUUCAAGAACAGGGUCAAAAGUGAAAGCUUGAAUCGUUAAUCAUGUGCGUUGUACCUGUUGAAUGUGUGACUAAUGUUAAUGACGAGAGAAAACGAAUUCCACGGGUGUAUGUAGUACAAAAAUGUCUACGAACAAAGUUAUUUUUACUUUAUUAAGAAAUGGAAGUGUAACCAGACCAAUUUUAUGUAGUGAGCAUAAUGUGUAUUGUGCAAGACAAAGAAAUGUGCAUACUUCUGUACAAAACCAAUUCCAUUUACAUCAAUUCAAUAAGGCUGAAACAAAACUUGCAGGAAGUCAAAAACCAGAUUGGAACAGGGCUGUUUCAGAAGCAGAAAAAAUUGUUGGAUAUCCAACAUCUUUCUUAAGCUUGCGAUGGCUUUUAAGUGAUGAAAUAGCAAAUGUAGCUCUGCAUUUAAGGAAAUUAGUAGGAUCAAACCAUCCGCUAUUAAAAACAGCCAAAAGUGUUAUUUAUAAUGGACGUAAUAAUAUGCAAGCAUGGGGUCUUAUUGUAUUGUUGAUAUCAAAAGCUGCUGGUCAUUUAAAUGUGGAUGAUAUGGAAGAAGAUAAAGCUGCAGGUGUUCUUCAUAGUCAACGAGCUUUAGCAGAGGUAACUGAAAUGAUACGUACUAGUCAUCUUGUUCAUAAGGGAUUAGUAAAUAUAGAACCUGGUGUUUAUUUAGAAACAUCAGAAUUAAAUGACAUGAAUUUUGGCAAUAAAAUUGCAUUAUUAAGUGGAGAUUAUUUAUUAGCAAAUUCUUGUGCUGAAUUAGCAAACCUUCGUAAUCAAGAUAUUGUAGAAUUAAUGUCAAGUGCAGUAAGAGAUUUAGCAGAAGCAGAAUUUAUAGGACGUAGGGAUAAUCAAAACAAUCCAUUGCCUUCUGUACCACCUGAAGAUCGUAAUGAUUAUGCAGUGAAGGAAUGGACUCUUAGAAAUGUAUUGAGUGCUGGUGCUUUACUAGGAAAGUCUUGCAAGGGUACAUUAAAAUUAGCAGGACACAGUAAUGAAAUACAAGAACAAGGUUACAAUUUUGGAAAACAUUUAGCAUUAGCAUGGCAAGCUUGCUUGGAUUUAGGUCCAUUUAUUACAAAAGAUCAAAAUGUACCAUUCAAUCUAUGUUCUGCACCAAUUAUGUUUCAUAUUGAACAUGACCCAUUGAUUUUGACAGAAAUUGAUAAAGGUCUGCAAUCUGUAAACAAUGUAGAUUAUGUUAAGGUUCAUAAAAUUGUCACAAUGGGACCUGGAGUUGAAUUGACAAAACAAUUACAGAAAAGACAUUCACAAAGGGCAAUGGAAGUUUUAAGUGUAUUCGAAAAAAGUGAUGCAAGAACAGCGUUGUAUAAUAUUAUAGCAGCUAUGGGGGAUUUCUAAAUAACAAUUUCAAUAAAACACUAACA